AACCAGCGGUUUCUUAGUUACCGGAUUUCAAAAUGGCGGCUGCAGCAGAGGCACGUGUGAAAUCGGAAUUGGAAAAAACUCUCGAAAGCCUUGAGCAACAUCAGCUGCGGCCCAUCCAGCACAAAUCACAUCUGUGUGCUGCCAAAUGCUGUGAUAAUCAGUCUGCGAGCAAAGCAAGCGUACAGCAGUGUAUGACCCGCUGUUUCCAGCCUCUACAAGACAUCCAGAAAUUUAUGGAGACUGAAUUACAGAGGUUUCAGGGCCGACUUAGCCGCUGUGCUCAGCAGUGUCAAGAUGACAUCCAAGAUAAAGUUGAUACCAACACAUCACAAUCUGAUAUGAAUAAAUACCAGGAACAAUUGGAGAAAUGUGUAGAGAAAUGUUGUAAUGACUCUAUCCCUGUCAUCAGUACUAUGCAUGACAAGAUGAAGAAAAUUAUUAGAGAGACGGAUCAGAAGAGUUAACCACAACCUAAGCACAUGUAGUUAGGUAUAAGUAUUGGCAUCAAGCGGUUGAUGUACAGUAUGAUAUGUAUUAACAUCAUUAUAUGGUGUUUUAGGAGCUUAGGCCUUGUCAUUCAUAAAAUAGAAACUACAGAAUCUUUGUUUUUGUGUAGUAAAGUACAAAAUUAUUUGGCUGGGAUUAAAUUGUACCUCCAAGAAUUCUACUAAACUGACUUAAUUACAGUAGAGAACAGAACUGAAAUUACCAAUAUUGUGUGUUUCAUGUCUGGGUUUUUGUAUUUGUGCCUCAGAACAGAAACAAGCCAAAGCAGUGUGCAUAGAAGAAACUGCAAAAGCUACAGUAGCACAACACCGGGAAACACUAUGGAAAAGUCUCUGUUAUAGUAAUAAAGAAAUAAAAGCCUUUAAACGCU